AUGAAGCAUUUGAGUGGCAUCCCGUUUUUUGUAUUCUUCGUAAAUUUAUACAUUCACCAAUAUAAUGUUGUGAGCAAUGAAAUUGUUAAUUUGAAAAACCCCAACUUGAGGAACGGCCGAGCAGGAAAACACGUUACCCUGCAGGAUGAGGAAGGCCGUUUAAACGCAGAAGACGGUGAUCAGAUGAUCGGAAACGAAAGCCAGAAGGAAUUGCCACCCAAAUCGGAAAGAGAGGAACUCCAAACGCUGGCACAAGAUAGUAAUAAUAAUGAAGAAUUAAAAAAACAAAUAGAUGAAUUAGUUAAUAAAGCACAAGUAGCAAACACAGAAGCUGAAACUGCAGUAACUGAAGCAGAGGCAUCAUUAAAAACAGCAUCAGAAGCAGAAGAGAAAGUAAAACUGGCUGAAGGAAAAGAAACAGCAGCAACAACGAAAGCUAAAGAACAAGCGGAGAAAGCAGUUGCAGCGGCAAAAACCAAAAAAGAAGAAGCAAAAACAAAAGCUCAUAAUACAAAGCAAGAAUCGGAAAAGAAUGGUGAACAAGAAUUUAAAGCAAUAUUGGAAAAAGUAAAAACGCUUGUGGGAGAAGCGGAACAAGCAGCGAGUGAUGCAAAAGAAGAAAAAAGAAAAGCAGAAAUGGCAGCAAAAAUAGCGGAAGAAUUAAAAAAUGCAUAUGAGGCCAAAAAAAAAGCAAAAGACUCAGAACUCGCAGCAGAAAAGGCAAAAAAUGAUGCAACAAGUGCCGCUUCAGGCUCUACAGCACAGAAAGUAGCAGAAGCAAUUAAAAUAGCACAAGAUGAGGGGCAACUUGCAGGAACAAAGGCAACUGAAGCAGAAGAGGCAGCAGCUGAGACAGAACAAGAAGCAAUUAAGGCUAUAGAAAGCGUAGAACCAAAAGAUGAUAUACAGAAUGAACUUAAAGUGGUAAAAGAUAAGGCAGAUAAAGCAUCCAAAGCAGCCGCAGCAGCGAAGAAUGCUCAAAUAAAAGCCGAGAUAGCAGCCUAUGUGGUGCAAACAGAAGUUUCAAAAGAAGAAGCGGUUAAAUCUGCUAACGAAGCAAACCAAGCAAAAAUGAAAGCUGAAGAAGUUGCAACAGAAUCUGAGAAAAUAAAAAUAACUGACGUAACUAAAUCAGGAAAAGUAGGAGAGGCAAAAACUGAAGCAGUGAAUCAAGCGAAAAAAGCAGACAAGGCUAAAGAAGAAGCAGAGACUGCAGCAAAGAAUGCAGACGAAUCACAAACAUCAACAAAAGGUAAUGACGAAGAAGCCACACUAAGCAAAGCAAAAACAAAGGCACAAGAAGAAUCCGCAAAAGCAAAACAGGCACAAACAGAUGCAUCAAAUGCACUAGAAGAAGCGAAGAAAGCACAAACAAAAACAGAAAUAGCAGCCGAAGUAGUAAAAGCGGAAAAGGCAAAAGAAGAAGCAAUCAGUGAUGCAGCUGCAGCAGGAGAAGCAAGGAAACAAGCAGAAAGUGAAGCAGAAAAGGCAAAAUCGAACGAAGAAGCACAGGGAGCAGCCAAGAAGGCACAAGAACAAGAGGCAGAAGCAUUAAAAUCAAAGGAAAAUGCAGAAACUGCCGCAAAAGAAGCGGAAACGGAAGCACAAGGUAAUGGAACACAAGAAAAUUUAGAUAAAGUUAAAGAAAAAGCAAAAAAUGCAUGCGAUGCAGCAACUGCAGCUAAAAAUGCCAGAACGGAAGCAGAAAUCGCGGCAGAAGUUGCAAAAGCUCAAGCAGCUAAAACAGAAGCAGACGGUGCAAAGGUAGCAGCAAAUGCAGCGAAAGAUGAAGCGCAAAAAGUAGCAGACAAAUCCGAAUCGGCAGAAGCAAAACAGGCAGCGGAUAAGGCAGCCGCAGCGUCUAAAACGGCAGACGAAAAGGCAACCGCAGCCGCAAAGGAAGCAGCCGAUGCAACAUCUCUGUCAACAUUAACUACAGCUACAGUACCAGCAAUGCAAGAAAAGGCGAAUAAAGCUGUAGCAGAUUCAAACGAAGCCAAGAAAGCAAAAACAAAAGCGGAGUUGGCAGUGGAAGAAGCAAAAGCAGAAGCAGCAAAGGAAGAGGCGAAAAAAGCGCAAAGUGCCGCUGAUGCAGCAAAAACACAAGCAGAAGAAAUAGCAAAAAACGAAAUGGUAGAGGCAAAGGCUGUAGCUGAAGCCACGAAUGCAUUCGCCACAGCAAAAGCUAAGGCGCAGGAGGCAAGUGAUAAAGCAGGCGAAGUGGUACAGCAAGUAAAAAAAGCAGAAACAGAAGUGGACAAUGUGGUAGGUAACGAAGCACAAAAAUCAGAAAUAGCAACAGCAGUAAGCGAGAUAAAAGGAAAAACAUUGCAAGCAGUCGAAGCAGCCAACGAAGCGAAGAAAGCAAAAGAAUUAGCCGAAAUUGCAUUAAACGUUGUGAAAGCAGAAGUGGCAAAUGAUAAGGCAAAAAAGGCAGUCGCGGCAGCGGGAGCAGCAAAAGACGAAGCAAAAAAAGCAACCACAUCAGCAGAGCAACCCAAAAAAGAAGUAGAAUCUGCGGAGAAGGACGCGGAAAUUGCAAAAGAAAAUGAAAUAAAAGCAGGACAAAAGGCAAAAGAGGCAGAGGACAACGCGGCUGCAGCGCAAGCACAACUGCUCAUAGCAGAGCAAGAAUUAACGAAAGCGAAAGAAGCAGACAACGCGGAAAAAUUCCAAAGCGCAAAAACGAAAGCCCUCGCGGCG